UCCUCUAUGAAGAAGAAGGUAGGGUUAGGGUUUCCUUUUGCGCUUCUACUUUGAACAACGUCAAAAUGUUGCAGAUUAUCUUUCUUGUACUUUUCAAUUUACAAUUCCAACCAUUUUCUACCAUCACUAUGGCUUAAAAUUGCUCUUCUUUCAGUCGUGGCAGUGCUGGGAUGGAUAUGUAUGAUGUCUCUACACUUGGAAGCACAGAAGUCUAUAUGAUUCCAGGUGCUGGAACACUCCCAACAUUGUCCGGUCCUUCAACUCAACAGUUAGAAACAAUGUACGGUGAAGGAGGAAUCACCCCCGAGUUUGCUAUCGAACAGGGCUUCUAUUAUCCUGCUGCCACCAAUUAUGGUUACAUCUGUACAGGAAUUGAAUCACCCGCUGAUUGGGAUGACCACCAAAGGAUUUUUGGACUGGAUGGUCAGGAGGUUCAGUAUGUGGGUGGACAAACUGAGAGUUCUCCUUAUGUAUAUUACAAUCCUAGCUAUGGUUAUGCACAGUCCCCUUAUAACCCCUAUAACCCUUACAUUCCUGGUGCGUCAAUCGGAGUUGAUGGCACAGUUAUGGGUGCACAGCAAUAUUACACCUUCCCUGCUUACGAGAAUCAUGUGUCUUUGCCUGCUUAUUACCCCAUGGUGGUUCAGCCUGGAUCAGAUGCUUUCCCAAACAUUGGGACAGAUACCAAUCCUAAUUCUAGUUUGUUUGCUUAUGGAGGUGAUGCCCCAGGUUCAAAACCUAACCUUUCUUCAGCGUCUUCAAACUUAUCCAUGAGAUCACAAAAACCAGCCUCGAAUCAUGCACGCGAUGUUACUAGAAGAAUGGAAGGUCCUAGAGCUAAUGCAGGGCCUAGUAAGCAGCCCAUGGUAAAUGGAAAUGUUGGUUCCAGCAAUCUAACAAAUUUGUCUCCAUCUCAAACUUUUCAGGGUAGAGAUACUCAUAGUGUGGAGCCUAUACCAAAUGGGAGGCCUUUGCCUAGUCGUAAUCAGCUAAAAGUUUCUUUAUCUACUGAAAACGGUUUCUCUAACUUUGGAGCGAGUGCAUAUGGGCGGGCUGCAGCAACAGCCAAGGUUCGACCAAAACUUAAUUUCGAAAGUCCUGCAAAUGAAACAAUUGGAAUCCCAAAUGCAAUAACUGAGCAAAAUAUGGGCCUUAGAACAGACAAAUCAAAAGCUCCGCAUUUGGCUGUUAAAGCAUACACAAGCAAGGCAGGAGAGACUGAUGCCAAGGGAAAUAUCAUUAUUCAGAAGGAUGAAUAUAACAAGGAUGAUUUUCAGGUGGAUUAUAUACAUGCAAAGUUCUUUGUUAUAAAAUCAUACAGUGAGGAUGAUGUGCAUAAGAGCAUCAAAUACAAAGUUUGGUCUUCCACACCUAAUGGAAACAAGAAGUUGGAGAUUUCAUUUCAAGAUGCUGAGAGAAUAGCUUCGGGACAUCCCAGAGGAUGUCCUGUUUUUCUCUUUUUCUCUGUCAAUGCUAGUGGUCAAUUCUGUGGUUUAGCUGAGAUGAUUGGUCAUGUUGACUUCAACAGGGAUAUGGACUUCUGGCAGCAAGAUAAAUGGAAUGGAAGCUUUCCUGUAAAAUGGCAUUUUAUAAAAGACAUACCAAACCCUAACUUCCGUCACAUUAUAUUGGAGAACAACGAGAAUAAGCCAGUUACUAAUAGCCGAGAUACCCAAGAGAUAAGAUUCAAGCAAGGCAUUGAGAUGCUAAAGAUUUUCAAAAAAUAUUCCUCAAAGACGUCAUUACUGGACGAUUUUAUGUACUACGAAAAUAGGCAGAGAAUUAUGCAGCAAGAGAAGUCUAGGAUGCUUAUCAAAAGCUUUGGACCUCCAUUCCUUUCGCCUGGCUUAGAUUCUCCGAGGAAGAUAAGCUCUCUGCUUGCUGUACCUUCUUCUUCUGAUGAAGUCAUGAACAUUGCAACAUCCAACAACACAAAUGUAGGGACAUCUCUGGGUGAGCGUGUUCCAUCAUCUAAUGCUGAUGUUACAAGUUCAGGCGGCGUCGAUGACAAUGCUAUAGAAAAAGGCAAUUCUACUAAAACAGAUGGUAAAUUAUCCUCUCCGAAGAUUGGUUUACUUAACCUCGGUUCUAAAGAGGCAGAUGCUAGUAAUGCUUUAAAGGAUGUAGCAACUGGGCCUAUAAUUCUCACCGUUGGAUCCAUGCCUGUAAAAGUUAACGGUUUGGUUGAAUCCCGAGGGAUUCUAAGAGUUGGUAGCAUACCUAUCCACACUAAAUCUCAAGAAGUUGGUAAGUCCGAUGGUAAAGAGUGAGUCGGAGUAGAAAGUUGUUUCUUUUUGGAGCGUAUAAAACAAAACAAGGAUGUAUCGUCAUUGAGAUUCCUUUUCUUGGUAAUUUGGAAGCAGUAAGCGGUGGAUCCUCAUACUUGAUAGAAAUAUGUCAUCAAAAACACACCCAAAUCUAGAAUUUGUGUUUCUUUUUUCUUUUCCUUUUUUUGGGUGAAAUUUAAUUACUAAUGGUAUUUUGGUCCUUUUGAUGUGGAGAUGGUGGUGGGUAGAUAUGAUUGACUAAUGAUACUUGUUCAGCAGAUUAUGCUGCUGCUGCUGUUGUGCAGACAUGUCUUCUUCUUUUGUAAUUGUGUUUCAGUUUCCUUCCUUUGAUGAUGGAUAAUCAAAUUAUGUUCUAUUUUAUAGUAAAGUUGCCAAUGCCAUUUU